AUGAAUUCAGCAGUGCUCCUCACAGAACUUGUCGUAGUACGAGAAUGGUUUCAUGAAACUGCCCCACGAGUGCAACAUCCAGAAGCCAUCACAGGAUAUUGGAAGUUUAUGAAACAUAUAUUGUGCAGGCUCUACGCACAGACCCAGGAAUCAAUCAGAGAGGGUCUGGUAAAAGAAUUGAAUCCUGAUGCCAUGAACAGGAAAUCUGAGAAAAUACACAAGUGCUCUAUUCAUUUGUUCGUGCUAGCAGAUUGGAUGAGGCAGUAUAAUAAGUACAUCAACCGUGGAGUGCCUUCAUUGCUAGAAACCUUUGCAACUGGACGCAAGGAUGGAAACUUCGAUCCCGAAUUAUCAGAACUCCUUUGUCAGGCGUGGGUCGCCAUUGCGCAAUUUCAAGAUCAGCUCAAUUCAAUGGAUAUCAAAGAACUCAAACUUCUCGGUGGGGUGGCUUCGUCACGCGCAACUGCCUUUUCAAACAGAAUCACCCGUCACCUCGGUGGCGCACCGAAACCCUCAUACAUUAUCAUAUAUCCAGACUUCCUACACACAGAAUGA